AGGAUGCUAAACCCACGCUACCUCUAACCACAAGUUAUCUAUUUUAUCCAUUAUUGCGAUGUAGUAGAACACUAACUAGUUUUGACUUUUGAAUUUUAUCCAUAACUAGCUAGCUGCCACCCCAUACCGACCAAUUGCUGAUGAAUUGAUGAGUACCGCUCUGUUGAAAUUCAUAUUCAAAGAGGAAGAGAGUGGUUAUACCCCGGUUCAGAUAUCUCAUAGGAAUUACAUCUUUAAGCUUUCUAGAGUCUUCAAACACAAUUCUGAACUCAUUUGGAAGAUGAGUUCCCCUGCAGUUCGAAGCGUUUCAGAAUGUUUCAUCAAGCCCUUACACCCCACUGAAGAAUCAAACCAAAUCUGUCACUUAACAUCCUGGGAUAUAAGUAUGUUAUGCUUUCAUUACAUCCAGAAGGGUCUCCUGUUCAAGAAGCCAGCACCACCAGAAAACCAACAAGAUUUCAUUGAGAAUCUGCUGAAAAAGCUCAAGCAUUCCCUUUCAAUUGCCCUCUUCCAUUUCUAUCCAUUGGCUGGUCGCCUUGUUACUCACAAAACUCAAGACCCUCAUCACCCCUCAUAUUCAAUUUCUGUUGAUUGCAGCAGCAACAAUCCCGGAGCUAAAUUCAUCCAUGCAACCUUGGACAUGACCAUAUCCGAAAUCCUCUCUCCAGUUGAUGUUCCACUCAUUGUGCAGUCAUUAUUUGACCUCAACAGAGCAUUGAACCAUGAUGGUCACACCGUGCCGUUGCUCUCCAUCCAAGUCACUGAAUUGGUAGAUGGCGUUUUCAUUGGUUGUUCCAUGAACCACAGUAUUGUAGAUGGCACUUCUUAUUGGAAUUUCUUCAAUACAUGGUCUGAGAUCUUUCAGGCUCAAGCUCAAAUAACACAAGGGCUUCAAUGUAAAGAUGAUGAUAUUCUAAUUUCACACCACCCAAUUCACAAUCGCUGGUUUCCACAAGGUUGUGAUCCACCUAUUAACCUUCCCUUCAAACACCACAACGAGUUAAUCACUAGAUUUGAAUCACCAGAGCUCAGAGAGAGAGUCUUCCAUUUUUCAGCAGAGUCUAUUGCAAAACUGAAAGCAAAGGCCAACUCAGAAUCAAACAGCACCAAAAUCUCAUCAUUCCAAUCCUUAUCGGCACAUGUUUGGAGAUCCAUCACUCGCGCCCGAGGACUAAAACAUGAUGAUGAAACCAAUUGCAGGUUAGCCUUAAACAACAGAUUAAGAAUGGAACCUCCUCUGCCACGAGAGUACUUUGGGAACUCAAUCGAUAUAGUGAAUGCAAGGGCAGGUGCAGGGGAAUUGCUUGAGAACGGUCUUGGAUGGGCUGCGUGGAAGUUGCAUCUUGCUGUUGCUAAUCAUGAUGACAGAGCGGUGAGGCAGAAGGUGAAGCAGUGGCUAGAAUCUCCUGUUGUGUACCAGCUUGGUCUUCACUUUGAACCUUACAGUGUGACAAUGUCGAGUUCACCGAGGUUCAACAUGUAUGGGAAUGAAUUUGGAAUGGGCAAAGCUGUGGCGGUUCUGAGUGGGUAUGCUAAUAAGUUUGAUGGGAAUGUGACUGGAUAUGAAGGAUGUGAAGGAGGAGGAAGCAUUGAUUUGGCAUUGACCAUUUCACCUGGAGCAAUGAGGGCGCUGGAAUUAGACGAGGAGUUCAUGCAGGCUGUUUCUGCUCGUUCGCUAUGAUUCCUGUUUUAGUACCUGUUUGGAUGCAAAUCAAAUCGAAGUGUAUUUUUCUUGUAGAUAAACUCCAAUAACUCAAUAUCAAAAGAGGCUCUUACUUUGGUAAUAUGGCAAUGACAUCUACUUGACCCA